GAUAAUACAUUUUAAUAAUAUUAUUAUUAUGUUAUCGUCGCUGAGACCAGUGUAUUUCCCGUGGUCGUGGCGUGGUGUUUUCCGAGGCGUUCUCCGUAGACUUUAACGAUUUCGCCGAUACGCGAGGUGUUUCUCUAGUGUUCGAUUUUAUUUCCACCGCAGUUGUCGCAAAUCAAAUAUUCUAGAUUGCACGCAGCACGCCGUAUUCUGAAACGAGACUCGGCAGACGUAUAUGACAGCACCAGAAAAAAACCUAUCUCCAUUAUAACAAUAUAAUUAUUGUUAUCAGACGAUCGAAAGGUUCGGUUCAUGCAAUUACCGCUCUGAUAUUAUUAUAAUGAUGAUUUCUCAGUGAUACGAUCGUAACAAUAAUAAUAAUAUUAUGUAUAUCAAACUCAACGUUCCGCCAGUCUUCAAACAGAUGUUCGCCGCGUCCGGACCUCUGAUUGUGACGCUCGGUUCCGGGAUGACCGUCGGGUUUUCGGCCGUUCUGUUACCGCAGCUCAAGGACGACCGAUCUACCAUCAAAAUCAGCAGCCAUCAAGAGUCGUGGAUAGCCAGCAUGGCAGCGCUACCGAUGGCCGCGGGCAGCGUACUGGGUGGCAUGGCCAUGGACAGGCUAGGCCGGAAGACGACGAACCUGCUCAUCUGCGUGCCGUUCGUGCUCGGCUGGACGGCCGUGUCGAUGGCCACCGGCGUGACAGGCGUGUACGUGGGUCGGCUGAUGACAGGCCUGAGCACUGGCCUGCUUGGCCCACCGACGGCCGUAUACAUUGCCGAAGUGACAGAGCAGCGUUACCGGGGCGCUGCGCUGGCCAUGAUCUCUUUCUCGGUAUCGGCCGGUAUACUGGCCGUGCACACAAUGGGCACGUUCCUCGGCUGGCGACUGGUAUCAGCCCUAUGCUCGGCCGUUCCGUUCGCCGGCUACGUGCUCAUAUGGUUCACGCCAGAGUCACCUGUCUGGCUGCGCGAGGACGAGGAAAGACGCCACCGCCGUCAAACCGCUGCAGUCUGCGACCACGCGAGUGGCGGUGUACCGUCGAAGCCGCCACCUGAAAUCGAUUCGCAGCCGCCGCUGUCGACCGUCAAGCCGACGGCACGCCAGUGCUUCAGCAGGCCGUCAUUUCUGGGGCCGCUGGCCGUACUGUCCACGUUCUUUUUUGUUCAACAGUUCUCGGGUGUCAACGCGGUGGCUUUCUAUUCGGUGACGCUGCUCAAACGUGUUGGGCCCGAUCUCAACGAGUACCACUGCACCAUGGCCUUGGACGUCAUCCGGCUGGCCGUGUCCGUGCUGGCGUGUGGCCUAACUAAGCGGUACGGCCGCCGGCCGCUGGCCGUCGUCUCAGCCGUAGGCACAUGCGUGUCUCUGCUUUGCCUGGCCGCCUCGGUCCGCGACUCAGGCACCCCUGCCACCGCGGGUAGCGUGGCCGUACAUGCGGUCCCAGCUCCGGCGGCCACUGCCAGCCUGGCACCCGUCAUGUCCAUCGUUGCGUACAUGGUGUUCGUCAAUAUCGGGUUGGUGCCGUUGCCUUGGAUCAUGUCCGGCGAGAUGUUUCCCGGGUAUUGCCGAGAACUCGGCAGCGGCCUGUCCACGUGCUUCGGGUUCGUCAUGUUCUACGCGGUGAUCCAAAUCAGCCCUUAUCUGCUGACCAACAUCGGCACGUCGAUAACGUUUUACAUUUUUGGCACAGUAUCCGGCGUCGGUGCGUUAUUCCUCUAUCUAUGUCUACCGGAAACCAAAAACAAGUCAAUGGAAGAUUCGACGUGACGAAUUGCGUGAUAAACGUCAACGGUCCUACAUGAAUACGUAACGUUAUUGUAUCGUUUCUGGACGGAACUGCAGUCGACAAUAUUUACGUCGUUUGGCCGGGAGAUCUCGCCCGGUGUAUGUUUUGCCGUUCGAAUCAUCAGAAAUAAACGAUAACGAUGUUACCUGUUUUACCAUAAUAUUAUGUUUUAGCCGAUCGUUGAAUAAAAAUACGAUCUUAAUUAUUAAAAAAUAAUAAUAUUAUUAUUAAA